GGGCAAAACGCUUUACACUACGUGUCCGGUCUAUGUGUUCUGUGGUUAGUGGUGAUACAUUAUUAACGUCGAUAGCAUAAUUAUCGAUAUUUUUGCAGUGCAAGCAAUAAAUCUUUUAAAGAAACCAGCAUUCAACAAGUGUAAUUGUAUCCAAGAACAAAACAAGAUUCGAUUAACCAAUUUCCUACCGAAACGAAUCAAUAAAUUGUCAAUGAAUCAUCGGGCAGUACGUUCAAUGCACUUUAAACACUAAGGGCCACCGCAAACAUAUAUACUUAACAUACAUAGCGAAAAGAAAUUUAGUUUUAUGCAUGUUUUCUUCAUUUUGUUAAAAUAGAGUACAAAAAAAAAAAAAAAAAAAACAAUGAGUUGUUUUAGUGCAAUGAAUACGCCUCUGUUAGGGGAAAUGGAACAGACGAUCUGCAUGCUCGAACGCGGCACAAUUGUAACAAAACUCUAUGGAAAACAACGACGCCCCGAUCGUCGACAUCUCAUGCUUAUAAGGGAGACUCGUCAGCUGUUAUGGUCCACUGUCGCAGCACACACACGCACGGAAUACGAGGGAACAAUCCAGUUGCGGGAGAUACGGGAAAUACGCGUCGGCAAGAACUCCAAGGAGUUCCGACUGCAUGCCGACGACUGUCAGCGUUUCGAGAGUACCAAAUGCUUUGUGAUCAUGCAUGGAAAUAGUUUCAAAUUGAAGAGCUUCUCGGUGGUGGCACUGUCAGAGGUUGAGGCCGACAACUGGGUAAGAGGACUGCGUUAUAUGGUUAAAGAUACUAUUAAUUCGCCGUAUCCCCUGCAAAUCGAUCGCUGGCUGCGACGGGAAUAUUAUUCAUUCGAGAAUAUCAAUUCACACCUGGCCAAAUCUGACCAGACUGCCCAAGUGACUAUCAAGGACUUUAAAACAUUCUUGAGCAGCGUUAGCUGUAAAAUGAGCACUAGCAAAUUCAUGGAAUGCUUUACCGACGAUAUAAGACGAAAGCACGAUUUAAAAUUCGAUGAUUUCUCGCGUCUAUAUCAGAAGCUUUUGCUGCCCGUCUCGUAUGCUACCAUAUUUGGUGGUACGGAGUUCACCUACUCGGAGGACAAAAAAAUCGUCCGGCCUAUAGAGUUCAAACGAUUUCUGGAAACUGAACAGCACGAUUAUAGUGCUUCUGAACUGAAUAAAAUAUCGAGCUUUAUGCGCGAUUUUGUACAAGAUGUGGAGCGCGAUGUACAGGAGCCAUAUUUGACCAUCUCCGAGUUUGUCGACUUUCUCUUCUCCAAACAGAAUGAUCUGUGGGACAGCAGAUACGACACAGUCUUCAUGGAUAUGAAUCAGCCGCUCUCCUCUUACUGGAUAGCCUCGUCCCACAAUACCUACCUGACGGGCGAUCAGUUCUCAAGUGAAUCUUCAUGCGAGGCGUAUGCCCGUGCCUUGCGCAUGGGCUGUCGCUGUAUCGAGCUGGACUGCUGGAACGGUCCUGAUAAUUUGCCAAAUAUAUUCCAUGGUCAUACAAUGACUUCAAAGAUAAAGUUCAUGGAUGUCAUCAAGACCAUCAAGGAUCACGCGUUCGCAACGUCCGAGUAUCCAGUUAUUCUAUCCAUUGAACAGAACUGUUCCUUGGAGCAGCAACGAAAUAUGGCACAUGCCUUAAUUGAGGUCUUUGGGGAUAUGUUGCUCACACAGCCCUGCGACCGGAAUGAGCUCCAUUUGCCGUCACCCAAUCAGCUGCGUCGAAAAAUAAUAUUAAAGCACAAAAAGCUCCCCCAAUUCGAUGAAAAUGUCAGUUCUAUUAAUUUACCUGCAGUUGGUGUUAGUAACGGAACGAUCGCCUCCUUCAGUCAUCGAUCAUCCCUGGGCGGAGCGACGGACGACAAUGAGAAUAUGCAGAAAAUCCUAAAAAAGGGGUUGUUAUACUUUAAAGAUCCAGUCGAUAAGGCUUGGAAUCUGUUUCAGUUUGUCCUCACCCAGCAGGAGCUCAUCUACACAUCGGAAAUCAAUGAUUGUCGCAACGGCAAUUCCGAAGAUGAUGAUUUUGGACUGUCGUUCUGUUCCUUAAAUAACAAUAUGCAACAAAAGCAAAAGGAUACUUCGGCCAAUGAUGAGCUGCAUUUUGGCGAAAACUGGUUUCACGGCAAAUUGGAAGGUGGCAGACAAGAAGCUGAUCAACUGUUAGAAACAUAUAAACAUCUGGGCGAUGGAACCUUUUUAGUACGCGAGUCGGCCACUUUUGUUGGGGAUUACAGUCUGUCAUUCUGGCGUCGCAAUCGUCCCAAUCAUUGUCGUAUCAAACUGAAGCACGAGAAUGGCUCGAUUAAGUAUUAUCUGGUAGAGAAUUUUGUAUUUGAUUCGCUGUACUCGUUAAUCGUGUACUAUCGCAAGAACAUGCUGCGCAGCUCGGAGUUUUCGAUUAUUCUCAAGGAGCCGGUGCCACAGCCAAAGAAGCACGAGAGCCAGGAAUGGUUUCAUCCAAAUACUACAAAGGAGCAGGCUGAGCUGGGACUAAUUAAGCUGGACAUUGGCUCGUUUCUGGUGCGGCCAUCGGUCCAGAGCGUCAAUGCGUUUGUCAUAUCCUUCACGAUAAAUCGCAAAAUCAAGCACUGUCGAAUCAUUCAGGAGGGUCGGUUGUAUGCCAUUGAUACGAUGCAGUUCGAGUCUUUGGUAUCCCUAAUUCAUUAUUAUAUGAGGAAUCCAUUAUAUCGCAACGUGAAGCUCGUACAUCCCGUCUCUCAGGAACUCCUGCGACAAACCCUAUUAGAGAGUGCCCAGUCGCAGGGCGACCAAAGUAAUAGCGAUACCUCUAGCGCCUCCAACUACAUGGGCUCCAAUCUGGAGGAGUAUGUCACAUGUAAGGCCCUAUAUAGCUAUAAGGCCGACAAGCCAGACGAGCUCUCGUUUCCAAAGCACGCGAUCAUAACCAAUGUACAAAGAAACAACUCCAUGUGGUGGAAAGGUGAUUACGGUGGCAUGAUCCAGCAACAUCUGCCGGCAAACUAUGUCAAGGUCAUUGAUUCUGCCACUGAAGAUUACAACGCGGUGAACGAUGAGGGCAACGAUGGACGCACCGAUUCAAUUGAGAUCUACGGUGCAGUGGCGUCUCUCUUCGAAUCGAAUGAGCCUGGCAUUAUAAUAAAGCUGCAAAUUCAAACGCCAACGAUGCAAAAUCCGUUUAUAAUUGGAUUCGAUAACCAGGAAACAGCGUAUGAGUGGAUCAAAGCUAUACAGGAUGCGGCACUGAUCGCUAGUCAAUUGGCCACCGAACGCCGUAAAAAGGAGCGCACUGCACGCGUGGCCAAGGAGAUGUCCGAUUUAAUUAUCUAUUUUCGUAGUGUACCAUUUCGGGAUCAUUCGUGGAUAUUCCAAGAGAUGUCUAGCUUUCCAGAAACAAAGGCCGAAAAGCAGUUUAUCCAACAAAAUAUGCCGCUCUUUCUGGCGUAUCAUCGCAAUCAAAUCAGUCGUGUCUAUCCAAAGGGUCAGCGCUUGGAUUCAUCCAACUUCAACCCGGUGCCAUUUUGGAACAUUGGCUCCCAAAUGAUUGCACUGAAUUAUCAAACUGGUGACAAAGCGAUGCAGCUCAAUCAGGCUAAAUUUCGAAAUAAUGGUCAAUGCGGUUAUAUACUGAAGCCAGCAUUUAUGAAGUCUGAAAACUUCAACCCCAACAAUCCCCUGUCGGACGGCCUCAUCGAAACGAAUGUCAGCAUACGCCUCAUCGCAGCUCGUCAUCUAUUCCGGGGUGGCAAAUCGAAUAAUCCGCAAAUUGUGGUAGAAGUCGUUGGCGCACCCUUUGACAGUGGCGUUAAAUAUCGCAGCAAAGUUAAUGAGAAUGGCUUCAAUCCCAUCUGGAAUGAAUCCUUCAAGUUUACAGUGCACAAUCCACACUUUGCGUUGCUGCGCUUCGAGGUGCAGGACGAGGAUAUGUUUGCCGAAACACAUUUCAUAGCUCAGGCCUGUUAUCCUUUGGACUGUGUGCGACAAGGCUAUCGAAGCGUGGUCCUACGCAACAAGUUCAGCGAAGAAUUGGAGCUGUCUUCGCUUUUAGUCAAUAUAGAAAUUACAGCUCGGGCAUCUACUUAGCACAAUCAGAUUGCCCACCUCCACGAGUAUUCGUAUGUACAAUGCACAUUGUGAAGAUUGACACACAUAUCUGUGGAUACACAGCAAACAAAUGCAUAUCUAUCUAAAUGUUAACAACCCGAAUACGUAUCUUACGCAGCUAUUCAUUAUUCAUAAACGAAGCUUUAUUCUGCAUGUGGAAUACUAUAUACAUGUUUGCGUUCGCAUUCCUUUACAAAACGUUUGCGCCAUGAACAGUUUGUGAUAAAUCUUAGAUUUCAUGAUUAUAUGUAACGCAGCUAGCAAUAAUUCAUGGCUUCAAUCUUACACAACUUGGAGCCAACGUAUUAGGCUGAUGUCAGAGUCAACGCUAUAAGCGCUAAUUAUCGCAGCGAUCUGAAAAGCGAUGAUUUGAAAGAGUGAAAGCUAUCCGUAAAGAGAGAAACAUAGCGAGUAUUGAGCGAUUCAGAAUCGUUCUCAACUCGCUUUACUUUUCACUUCUAGCUUCGCUUACACUCUAACAUGUUUUAACCGAUUACAUAUAAAUCAGCAUGCAGACCUUUCUCGCACAUUGUCGCUCAAUAUUAUUGCAUUGCCUCUCGCGGCCACUCUGGCAUUAGCCUAAUGAAAAUAUUUUAUUUUAAUUUUUUCUUCGCAAAAGUACGUGAACUUACAAAUAUCUGAACUGAUAGUAUUGAUCGAUAAAUUAAGGAAAAUCUCAUAUGUGAAGCUAAAGUUAUUACAUUGUAUACAUAUGUCAUUUUCUAUAAAGAUACUGAUUAGUUUCGAUAUAACAAAUGUAGUGACGUCAAGCUUACAAACGCAACACAACAAUUUUCAGAUAUUUUCUUAUAUUUCGAUCGAUCAUUAAAAUCGGUUACAUUAGCAAAUGAAAAAGUAAUUAACUGAGAGCGUAUUUAUUACGUUUAUAUGCCAACCUUGUCGAGCGGGACUUCACACAGCUUUUUGACUGUGAGUAAAACUUCAGUUAUAUUAUAUAAUCUAGAUUUAUAUUUAUAUAUAAAGAUUUCAGACUGAGCUCUGUCGUCAUUAGAGUAAUGCCAAAGGUUCAUAUAUAUUUUGUAGUAUUCUUUAUGAUUUAGUUAACUAUUUAUACAGAAAAAAGCGUUAGUUCUGGAUGAAACGCAUUGAGCGAAGACAUUCAUCUUCUAUAGAUUUGUUCUGAAUGUUAAAGAUGUUAGCCAUGUAUAAAAAGUACAUACAAGAGACACAUUAAUUGACUUCAACAUAUGUAUUACUAUAUCUACUUGCGUAUAGUUUUAAUUAUCAGUCAGAUCACAAGGAAGUCAACUUCAAGUUUGCGGAGUGCAAUUACAAAUAGGUUGUGCGUAUAAACGUAGAAAAUGAGUCCAAUGUCUUCCCAUGAAAUUUUUAUCCAGACCUAGUAAAUUGAAAAUCAUUUUGAGAAUUUCUUAAAAUGUUGGCUUCCGCAAAUAGCUAUAUACAUAUAUAAUGAUGUAUGUAUAUAAACAUAUAUAAUAGCUAUUUCACAAUCUCAUAGCCAAAUUUGUAUUUUAAUAUUGUAGUAUAAUCGUGAAGCCCAAAUAUAAACGAUUUAAGCUGAUUUAAACUUACUGACAUCACAAAAACGGUUGCAGUUGAUAAUAAAAUCUUCAACUUCAUAGUACAAACGUAGCAGUACUUUCGAACGAAUACCAUAACUGAGACCUUUUCAGAUUUACAACAUUUAUUAAUGUAGUUAUCACCUUGUCGCCUUUGCAUUUGCACAUCACUAAACUAGCUAUGAUUUCCUCUUUUCUAACAAUUUUAAGUUAUUUUCAUAUAUUAUAUAUCUGAAUACAAAUUAGAAAUUGUAUGUUAAUGCUGUUAUAAAUGUUUUAUCCAUAUGUAAACAUACUUAUAUAUGUAUAUUAACUGUACUGUUUUUUUUUUAUUCGUCAAUGCCAAAUAAAGAUUUUAAGGCUUAAGUGAUAUUUAAUAUUGUUUGGCUUUCAAUGCAUAUAUAACCCAU